AUGUCCUUUCCGCCUCCUCCAGGUCUCAAACAGACUCCCUCGUCACUUCCGCCUCGGCCACCUCCAUCUUCCAACGUCGCGCAGCCACCAAGCAAUGGCGGCAAACCUCGCCCAGGCUAUAAUGCGUUCACUGCAUUCCAGCCGCGCACCGUAGCCUCCAGUCAGCCAUAUCGCACGAACAGCCCGGCAGUCUCGGCUCCAGUCGCACCCGCUGCGUAUGCGGCCCCUGCCAGCUACAGUGCCCACUAUCAACAACCACCCCAGGCAUACCAGAGCGGGCCUUCUUACUACGGACAGCCCCAAUACACUGAACCCACAUACGGUCCGACUGUCCCACACAUCCCCAACCCUUUCGGGUCCACACCAACCCCGACCUCGGGGUACCAACGGAAUGGUCGCGAUGCUGCAUUCGACCCCGAGACCGAGGCUCAAAUCGCGCAAUGGCAGAGUGCCUACUCCAACCCCACUGACGACUCUUCCGGUAAACGCCAGGGCGCCCAACUCGGAUCAGGCGUGAAUACAGGUGCUGGAACUCCCACAGUCGGUACUAGUACUCCUGUCCCGCAAACCGAAUCGCAGAAAACAGUUGUUCGAUCGGGUGGUGGAGAAACAUGGACCGAUAAUACUCUUUUAGAAUGGGACCCGGCCCAUUUCCGUCUCUUUGUUGGUAAUCUGGCAGGUGAAGUCACGGACGACUCUCUGCUCAAGGCAUUUGCUCGCUACCCGUCGGUUCAAAAGGCUCGUGUGAUUCGGGAGAAGCGAACCCAGAAGAGCAAGGGAUUCGGAUUUAUCAGCUUCAGCGACGGUGAUGAUUAUUUCAAGGCCGGACGAGAGAUGCAAGGCAAAUAUAUCGGAUCGCACCCAAUCUUGCUGCGUCGAGCCACUACAGAAGUCCGCCCAGCCACAGGUGGCAAGAAUGGAAAGAAAACUGGUGGUGGUAAGAAGGGAGGCCAGGCUGGCGGCAAGGUCAAGCAUGAUGGCGUCAAGAAGUCGGGAAAGACAAAGGGAGGCUUGAAGAUCCUGGGAUAA